AAUUCUCGCGAUUGCGCCGCAAACUCACGCUGCGAGAACGCGGGUGUUCUGUGGUUCAGGAGAGGCAAAAUAGCCCUAGCAGCGACCCGGCGUGUCUUUCAUUCUUCACAACAGGACAACCACCAAAAAUCAACAGAAGAUCCGUCCUACACGUGACAUACACUCACGGACGAUAUUACGACUAGUCGAAGAGGGAAUUGCCGUCAAAAAUGUCGGAAAUUCUCAGCUGCGUGGAACCCGAGCGAGAAGAGCAGACCGAAGUUGAAGCCGGAGGAACCGAGGAAAAGUCUGACUCUGAUGCCGGCAAAGAGUCGUCCUCAGAUGCAGGACCCGAUGGACAAGAUGCUUCCUCCUCCUCUACCAAAACCAAAGAAUCUGCUCCAGGUUAUGAAGAGAAAGUGAAAACGGACCGUACCAACAGAUUCGACUAUCUGUUGAAGCAAACGGAGCUGUUUGCUCACUUCAUUCAGCCAGCUGCACAGAAGACCCCCACGUCACCCCUCAAGAUGAAGCCGGGGCGACCUCGCAUCAAGAAAGACGAGAAGCAGAACUUGUUGUCUGCUGGCGACAAUCGUCAUCGGCGCACCGAGCAAGAGGAAGACGAGGAGCUGUUGAGUGAGAGCACCAAGACCACAAACGUCUGCACCCGCUUCGACGACUCGCCAUCUUACAUCAAAACAGGAAAGAUGAGAGACUAUCAGGUCCGGGGUCUGAACUGGCUCAUCUCGCUGUACGAGAAUGGAAUCAACGGCAUCCUCGCCGAUGAAAUGGGUUUGGGAAAGACCCUCCAGACGAUUUCCCUGCUGGGCUACAUGAAGCAUUACAGGAACAUCCCCGGACCUCACAUGGUGCUGGUGCCCAAGUCCACGCUAUACAACUGGAUGAACGAGUUCAAGCGCUGGGUGCCGUCUCUGCGAGCAGUCUGCCUCAUUGGAGACAGAGAUGAGCGGACUGCUCUCAUCCGAGACGUGUUGCUGCCCGGCGAAUGGGACGUGUGCGUGACAUCGUAUGAGAUGCUCAUCAUCGAAAAGGCCGUGUUCAAGAAGUUCAACUGGCGCUACCUGGUCAUCGACGAAGCCCACAGAAUCAAGAACGAGAAAUCCAAGUUGUCAGAGAUUGUGCGAGAGUUCAAGACCACCAAUCGUCUUUUGCUGACCGGCACGCCGCUACAGAACAACCUGCACGAGUUGUGGGCACUGCUCAACUUCCUGCUCCCCGAUGUCUUCAAUUCAUCGGAGGACUUUGAUUCCUGGUUUGACACCAACAAUUGCUUGGGCGAUCAGAAACUGGUGGAACGUCUUCACACGGUGCUCCGCCCUUUCCUGCUCCGACGUAUAAAAGCUGACGUGGAGAAAACGCUGCUCCCCAAGAAGGAGAUCAAGAUGUAUGUGGGCCUCAGUAAAAUGCAGCGAGAAUGGUACACCAAGAUUCUGAUGAAGGACAUCGACAUCCUGAACUCGGCCGGCAAGAUGGACAAGAUGCGUCUGCUCAAUGUGCUCAUGCAGCUGCGCAAGUGCUGCAACCACCCGUACCUGUUCGACGGCGCCGAGCCCGGACCCCCUUACACCACCGACCUCCACCUGGUGGUCAACAGCGGCAAGAUGGUGGUGCUGGACAAGCUGCUGCCCAAGAUGAAGGAGCAGGGCUCACGUGUGCUCAUCUUCAGCCAGAUGACUAGGGUGCUGGACAUCUUGGAGGACUACUGCAUGUGGAGGAACUACGGCUACUGUCGCCUGGACGGUCAGACUCCGCAUGAAGAGAGACAGAUCUCCAUCAACGCCUACAACGAGCCCAACAGCAGCAAGUUCAUCUUCAUGCUGAGCACCAGAGCUGGCGGCCUUGGUAUCAACCUGGCGACCGCUGACGUCGUCAUCCUCUACGAUUCUGACUGGAACCCUCAAGUAGACCUCCAGGCCAUGGAUCGAGCUCACAGGAUCGGGCAGCUGAAGCAGGUUCGUGUCUUCCGCUUCAUCACGGAAAACACGGUGGAGGAGAGGAUUGUGGAGAGGGCGGAGAUGAAACUGCGCCUGGACUCCAUUGUCAUCCAGCAAGGGCGACUUGUUGAUCCGAGUGCCAACAAGCUGGGAAAAGACGAAAUGCUGUCUAUCAUCCGGCACGGCGCCACGCACGUGUUCGCCUCCAAGGAGAGCGAGAUCACAGACGACGACGUCGACGCCAUCCUGGAGAGAGGCGAGAGGAAGACGAUGGAGAUGAAGGAGAAGCUGUCCUCCCUGGGUGAGAGCUCGUUGAGGAAUUUCACCAUGGACACGGAGAACAGCAGCGUGUACACGUUUGAGGGAGAAGACUACAGAGAGAAGAAAAAGGUCAUCACCAACUGGAUUGAACCCCCCAAGAGAGAGAGGAAGGCCAAUUACGCUGUGGACGCCUACUUCAGAGAAGCCCUUCGAGUCAGCGAGCCCAAAGCACCCAAGGCUCCUCGUCCGCCCAAGCAGCCCAACGUCCAAGACUUCCAGUUCUUCCCUCCGCGUCUCUUUGAGCUCCUUGAAAAGGAAAUCCUCUUUUACAGAAAGACCAUUGGCUACAAGGUGCCGCGCAAUCCGGAAAUGCCCAACUCCGCUCAGGUCCAGAAGGAGGAGCAAGGCAAGAUUGACGAGGCUGAAGCGUUGACAGAGGAGGAGCUGGAGGAGAAGGAGAACCUUCUGCAGCAGGGAUUCACCAUUUGGAACAAGCGUGACUUCAACCAGUUCAUCAAAGCCAAUGAGAAGUGGGGACGCGAUGAUAUUGAGAACAUUGCCAGAGAGGUGGAAGGGAAAACUCCAGAGGAAGUCAUGGAGUAUUCCGCUGUGUUUUGGGAGCGCUGCAACGAGCUGCAAGACAUCGAGAAGAUCAUGGCUCAGAUCGAGCGAGGAGAGGCCAGGAUCCAGAGGAGGAUUAGCAUCAAAAAGGCGCUCGACUCAAAGAUUGGCCGCUACAAGGCGCCCUUCCAUCAGCUCCGCAUCUCCUACGGCACCAACAAGGGCAAGAACUACACUGAGGAAGAGGACCGCUUCCUCAUCUGCAUGCUGCACAAGCUGGGCUUCGACAAGGAGAGCGUGUACGAUGAGCUGCGCCAGUGCAUCCGGAACUCGCCGCAGUUCCGAUUCGACUGGUUCCUCAAGUCCAGGACGGCCAUGGAGCUGCAGAGGCGAUGCAACACGCUAAUCACGCUCAUCGAGAGGGAGAACAUGGAGCUGGAGGAGCGAGAGAAGGCAGAGAAGAAGAAGAGGGGGCCGAAGACCGGCUCAGCCCAGAAACGGAAGCCAGAAGGAAUCCCGGACAGUCGCGGGCGUCGGAAAAAGCUCAAGUUGUGAAGUGAACGCCUGCCUCGUUUGUAUAUACAGCACAAUGCAUCGUUAGCUUAGCCGCAACCACAACAACAACAGUAGUGUUUGUGUGCAUUUGCUAAUGGUGUCGAACCUCCUGAUAGACUUUAUAUUGUUAUUAUUAUUAUUAUUAUUAUUAUUAGGAUCUAGUAAGUUCUCUGCCUUGUUGUCAUUUACUGAAACACUGCAGUUGUGCUGGUUGGUUUUUUUUGUUUGUUUUUUUACUAGUACUUAGAAAAUGUAUUUAUGCCUGUUGGUUGUACCACAUUCCAGUGUAACUUCUUUAUCUCCUUGUGAAGUAGACAUGUUCUUUCUCAAAUAAAGAUCCUUUUUUAAUAAAAUAAAACCGGAACAGUU